UUUUUUUUGCAGGAAAAAAUGACCUGACUUCAAAUCCAUUCCAUAUUCUAUUCAAACUGCAGCUGUUUCGUAUGUUCUUAUAGGUCGGAUACCAUCGUUUUCAGUUAUUCUCUGCCUGUGGUUUCGUAAAUUCUCUCUGAGAUACUAUCUUAUUAUUCCCGGCCACUUUCGUUUUUGACAGGUUUCGAAAGAGAUGUCCGAUCCACCUACUCCGUCUACCCCAUCCACGUCUUACACCGGUUCCACUCCCACCCCACCACUCCCACCACUUACUCCCCAAAAUCUCCAUCAAAAUACUAUCGAUCCUGAUGCAAAAUGGCUUGUACAGAAGUAUGGGGGUACUAGCGUCGGUAAAUUUGCUGUCAAGAUAGCCGAGGAUAUUGUCUCAGGAUACAUAGAUCAGCACAAGGUGGCUAUCGUUUGCUCUGCACGUUCGGGUUCGACUAAGGCCCUCGGUACCACAAAUCUCUUGCUCAAGGCAGCAUCAGAGGCCUUGCAGCGGCCACCUAAUAAGCCUGUCACUACACCUGGUACUGCAACACCGCUGACAAAUGGUAUGUUUGGGCGGUCCUUGGAUAGCCCGGUGUCGGGCUCAUCAAGAACUCGAAGCGCAUCUUCUCCUCGCUCACCGUCUCCUUCAACCUCGGGGAUGUUUUCCUUGACGCCCCUCACAGUACCGCAGGUUGGGCAGGAUAUACCAGGAUUUAAUCAGACCGUUGAUUUGAUUCGUUCAGAGCACAUGACUGCGGCAAAGACUUGUGUUCGCGACCCAGAUAUUCGACAAGAACUUGAGGCUGAAAUAGAAAGAGAUUGUGAUUGGCUACGUGGUUUUCUAUUCGCUGCACAGGUCAUAGACGAAAUUUCUCCUCGGUCGCGAGAUAGCAUUAUUGGUUUAGGCGAGCGUUUGGGCUGUAAAGUAAUGACCGCUGUUCUUCGGGAUAAGGGCAUAGAUGCCGAAUAUGUGUCCCUCGAGAAUAUUGUACCUGACAUCGAGGACGGUGAAUCACCCGCUGUCGAGGGUUCGCUGGAUCAAUCAUUCUACGAUAGAGUAGCGAUGGCUGUGGGAGAACGCGUCAGCCAGUGUGCUCCCCGGGUGCCUGUUGUAACUGGCUUUUUUGGACCUGUGCCUGGGUCCCUGCUCCGUCAAGUUGGUAGAGGGUACACUGAUCUUUUGUCAGCACUGCUAGCUGUUGGCCUCGAGGCCUCGGAACUACAGAUUUGGAAAGAGGUUGAUGGAAUUUUCACAGCAGACCCACGAAAAGUGCCCACAGCAAGAUUGAUCCCCAUUAUUUCUCCGGAUGAAGCAGCUGAAUUAACAUAUUACGGCAGUGAAGUGGUGCAUCCAUUCACCAUGGAACAGGUGAUCAGGCGGAAAAUUCCUAUUAGGAUAAAAAAUGUCGAAAACCCGAAAGGAGGUGGUACUGUCAUACACCCUGAUCCCGAUAUAGAAUCGUCCGAAGAAGUAAGCUGGUCGAAUCAAUACGAACCUACGUCUUUGGCCGUGUUGCAGGAGCUCUCUUUCGUGACCGAUGAAGCACAUAGGAGCAAACGAUUACCUACCGCGGUCACUAUUAAGGAACGCAUAGUUAUCCUUAACGUCAAUUCAAACCGUAAAAGUGUCUCGCAUGGUUUUUUGGCCCGCAUCUUCGGUACCCUCGAUAGGUUUGGUGUCGUGGUAGAUUUGAUUAGCACGAGCGAAGUGCACGUGAGUAUGGCUAUCGAAGAUAACCUGUCAAAAAAAAUCAUGGACCGUCUAGUCGCUGAGCUGAAGAAAAGUGGAACGGUCUCCGUCCAUCGCGAAAUGGCUAUUUUGUCACUUGUGGGAAAGCAAAUGAGGAACAUGGUUGGUAUUGCCGGACGCAUGUUCACGACACUCGCGCAGGGCAAUGUGAAUCUUGAGAUGAUCAGUCAGGGGGCCAGCGAAAUUAAUAUAUCUUGCGUUAUCGAAGCCCGUGAUGCUGUCAAGGCCCUCAAUCUUAUACACCAGAGCUGCUUGCAGAUAAAACCAGAAGGUGCAAGGGGUAGAGUGGGUCCUUGGCUGUUUUAGCGCAUUGUUUGUAUGGUAACUUAUGGUUCAACACCGUAUUUGACCUUUUAUUAAUCAUAAAACCGUUGUUCGGCUGGCAGUCGAGGAAUCAUUUUGGAUCUGUACCUUUUGACCAUUGCGUCCACGUUUGAGAAGUUUGAAUAUGAUUGCGUCGCAUUUGUGCCUC